UGUGCAGUGUUUUGACCUGGAGUCAUAUUUGCAAUGGAAUUGGGAACGAGGGACAUGGAAGUGCCCUGUUUGCUCAAGCCAGUGUCUCUUGAGCUGAUUGAAGUUGACCAGUUUAUUUGGGGCAUACUGACCCUAGUGUCCAACUCUAGUGCUGGUAAUGUUGAGGAGGUAAUGAUUGAUCCCAACUGCCAAUGGAAACCUGUUAUGGGAAACAGCAAGCAGGAACCGGAUGACUUUGGUGACGUUGAAUUGAUCGUAAAGCCACACACUAUUGUCAGAGAAAACGUUAAGGUGUCACCCGACUGGAUGGGACUGCUGACUUGUUUUGCUAUGUAUUCGUUGGGAAACGGCUCGAUGGCAGUGAACGUGACUGUACAAACUCCUGCGGAUCCUCCGAUUGUUGGUGAUGUCGUUUCGUCGACUCAUUCUGUGGAGUAUCAUUGGACAUUGGGAGACGACGGUCACUCGGUCAUCAUGCAAGUCAAGAUUUCGUGUCAUAUUUUGUAUUUAUGACUGUCAUGGAUGGGAUGGCUUACAGUGUUGUGUCUCCAUCAAUCAUCGUUGGCCUUGUGCCUGGAGAAUGGUAUAACUGUAAGUUAUAUGCUCGUAAUGCGAUUGGUUGGAGUGAGGCUAGUGAUGCGUUUCAAGUCGAGACUAAAGCUGCAGCUCCAGCCAAGCCUGUUCUCAAAUCAAAACCGGUAUCGAAGACGAAGACAAAUUUGGAGAUCUACUGGAGUGUAGAUUACACCGGCGGUUAUGACAUCUAUCAAUAUACAUUGAGAUAUUGAACCACAGGUACGAGAAGCACAUGGAAUCAAAGAGUUCUCGAGGUAGAGUCCGCACUCAAUCGAGUAAUAAAUCAACAAGAAGGAAGAUGGAAUUUAACCGGUCUCGAGCGAUCAACACAAUACGACGUCGAAGUCAUGGCAUGGAAUCAAAUCGGAUCGAACAUGUCGGACGUAUUCGUAUACACAACCCAGAAAUGCGAUGACAGUACUAGUCUUUCUAUAGGCAUUAUUGCUGGUUUGGUUGCUGGAGUUGUGGUACUUAUCAUUCUCAUUGUGGUCGGUGUGAUACUGAUAUUGUGUAUAUACCAAAAGAAUAGCUGUGUGGACAGCUCAAUUGACAUGACAACGAGAAGUCAUAUGUAUGAAGAUUCUGUGCAAUUGUCGAGCGAAGACAUAGUGAUGCAAGAAUCCAGUGCAUAUGGCAUAAUGGGAAAAGAGAGAAGAGGCAAUGGCUCUGAAAUAAGGAUGCAAGAAUCACGGGCAUAUGAAAGUGUAUGCACCCAAGCUGCACUGGUAGUUUUCUUGUUUAUUCAACUGUAACCCCUUUGUAAUGCUGACAUUUACUUUACAUACAUUGUUUUUGUGUUAGAAUAAAAUUAGUACUUUUUACUUGUAGACUUGCCCUAGGAGUUUUAUUGAUUGUACAGUCUCUGCUGUUCUGUAGCUAUAGCACGCAGUCUCAGCUGUAGACAUUGGAGUUUAUUUGUAUCAUAGAUAGUAUAGACUUAAUUUGUAAUCUAGUUCCUCAGAAUGCAUGCAAGUACGUAAACCCUGUGUUGUUGUCUGUUAUAACUUAGGAGAUCUUAUCUCUUUUGACAGAUAAAAAAAUGGAGUUUUGUGUGAAAGGCUGGACUUGGGCUGAGUAAUGUUUUGCUUGCAGUAUCUAGAGCAAACAUUGGGAUCUAGUUGAAACAUGGUUCAAACCACCAAAUCAUACAGACUACCGAUGCCUCAUUCUGCACUUUACUAGACUCUGUGUUAGACCCGUGCUUUGCUGCUAGCGCGUGCGGUGGUGGUAGUGUCUAGAGUAACAAAAUGUAUAGCUAAACUCGCUAAUUUGCGCACGGCCCAUAGCUCCUGUGUAGUGCACA